UGGGAGCGGGGAGCCGGCAUUCCUGGAGGUGGGAGCGGGGCCCCGGCUGAUCCCUGUUCCCUUUGCCUCCCUUGGCAGGUGGUGGCUGUGCCGGGCCCCCCAACAUGCUGUACCUGGUGGGGCUGGGCCUGGGCGAUGCCAAGGACAUCACGGUGAAGGGGCUGGAGGCGGUGAGGCGGUGCCGCAGGGUGUACCUGGAGGCCUACACGUCCGUGCUCACGGUGGGCAAGGAGGCGCUGGAAGAGUUUUAUGGAAAAGAGUUGAUUUUGGCUGACCGAGAAAUGGUGGAACAAGAAGCAGAUAGCCUCUUAAAAGAAGCUGAUGUUUGUGAUGUCGCAUUUCUUGUAGUUGGGGAUCCUUUUGGGGCCACAACACACAGUGAUUUAGUACUACGUGCAGUAAAACUGGGGAUUCCUUACAAGGUCAUUCACAAUGCUUCAAUAAUGAAUGCUGUGGGCUGCUGUGGUUUACAGUUGUACAGUUUUGGAGAGACAGUUUCUAUAGUGUUCUGGACAGAUACAUGGAAGCCAGAAAGCUUUUUUGACAAGAUCGAGAAGAACCGGCGGAGUGGAAUGCACACCCUGUGCUUACUUGAUAUUAAAGUGAAGGAGCAGUCUCUGGAGAAUCUCAUGAAAGGAAGAAAGAUUUAUGAGCCCCCGCGCUACAUGAGUGUGAAUCAAGCUGCAGAACAGCUUCUUGCCAUUAUUCAAAACAGGAGGCUCCAAGGAGAAAAACCAGAAACUACUGAAAACACAAUUUGUGUUGGCCUUGCUCGUGUGGGUGCUCCAGAUGAGAAGAUUGCAGCAGGCACACUACAGCAGAUGUCCAGCGUGGAGUUGGGAGGUCCACUACAUUCCCUAAUUGUUACAGGCACUAUGCAUCCUCUGGAAUUAGAAAUGCUUAAGCUUUUCUCUGUAGAUAGUUCCAGUUUUGAAAAUAAUGCAUGUCAAAGGACCACUUAAAUAAAAAUGAGGAAUUUACGUUUUUA